AUGCCCAUCACACUUGACUCUGGCACUCGUCACUUCAUGUCAACGCUUUCCAAUCUCACAUUGAAUCAUAUACGUUUAUCUACAGCAUCAGAUAUGGCUUCUAUCAAAAUUACCCAGCGGCUAUUUGGCAAUUCGUUGAAGACUCCAGUCAUUGAAUAUGUCGCUCAACUAUGGGAAGGAAUUCUAGAGACAUACACUGUAGUCAUCACUGCAUUCAAGAAUACCGAGAAAGCACCCGCACUACUCCCUUACGUGUCAUCCUUGAGCUCGUCCAUCAAUGUCUAG